AUGACGACUACCCCCACUGGAGUGCAAAAGAACGACGGCCGCAACAAGGACCAGAAACAAUCCGAGCCCAUGCUUCAGAAUUCCUGGGACGGGAUCGUUACCGACAAGCCCACCUUCCCACUCUCCGAGAUCAUGGCUCUAAAGCGUUGUAACUUUUCCGCCCACUUCUACGUUUACACCAGGUUGAAUGGGAGGAUUGGCGUGAUAGCGAGGGACUUGAUCGAGGACGUUCUGAAGAAGUGCACAAUCAUGCCCGACGUUCCGCCCGACGCAACCGCCGAGCAGGUCAAGUCGAAGAUCGAGUGGAGGGAUUCCAAGGGCAAGGGAAAGGCCAAGGAGGGAAAAUACCCACGAGCAACAGCCACCCAAGACGCCGACGCCACCACCGACAGCGACCAGGCGGCCGAGUUCGAAAUCCCCUGCCAGACGUUCGAGCAGGUCUGCAAUGACCUCAGUAAGUGCAUCGAGGGGAUGGACCUGAGCCGGUACACGCAGUCCGAGAAGCAGCAGACUAGGCUCUGCCUCGAGACCAUCAGGGCUGUGUCGGAUCGAGCCAAAGAGCUGAGCAAGCGGUCUCUCGCGCAAAAUGCGGCCUCGCCGUCGCUGUCGCCUACGCCGUCUACGAUCGACCCCAAGACCCACUGCGUCGUCCCCCGUCCGUCCCCUUGGAGCGGAGAUCCCUGCGGCCGGCCCCUACCGUGCGUGGCGCAUUCGGGGAGGGAAGAGGAUCCCAAGAAGAACCGCAUACCCGGGGCCAAGAGUCUGAAGAAGUUCAAUACUGAUGGGCCCGAUGAAGUGGCGGAGAAGACCAAAGAACUACAGGAACUGAAGCUGGAGUACAAGAAAGCUGACAGCAAGCGUGCCGACGACGACAAUAGCCAGGGGACCAUGUCGUACUCGAAGGCGGCGAAGGCGGCGGCGCAGUACUACGCGUUUAUCAGUGCAUAUGCAAAGCCUUCGCAGAAGGCGUCGAGUGGUGAUCAUGGCGCCCUUGGCUCAUAG